AUGGAGAAGGUGUGUUGGGACAUUUUGAUAGCUUCAAUCUGCCUAAACGAGAACGGUGCAAAGCUACCAUCAUCCACAGCCGCAAGCAAGCAUGGCCUCGAAACCACUUCCAAUAAUGGAAUAGCCGCUGAUGCCACCGAAUUCGAGGCCAAGCGUCCUCGCAUGGAGUAA